AUGUUUAAAGAAGUAAGUUUUGAGGAGAAAAGCAUCGAUGAAACGCACGAGGUUCCUUCGAGUAGCACUGCGCCCUCUGCGUUAUCCAAUGUGGUAGAGUCUUGCCUGUACACACUACGCUAUCACAAACCGGGUGAGGAUGGAUUUUGCUCGGUUGCGAAUGGUGAAGGGGAGGGGGAAGGUACCCCUUGGGUUGAUUCUAGGACUAUCAAUGGCGAUUCUUGGGUAGGUAAGGAGUGCCACUGUACGAGGUGUGAGUGUAUGCGCGUCAUAGCAGCGUUGAAUCGGCUCGAGAGGCCAACGGAACAACCGCUUGUGUUGGUUCUACUUGACUUGGACAACUUUGGGUUCAACCAGUUCAAGUCCGUUCCGCCUGUGUUGAAGCGAAAUCAUCGCGGACAUCGAAGACACAGGUCGUCAAUACGCAAGCCGCGCACGGAUGCCGCGGGCGAUUACCAUGAGGAUGACAGCAACGAUGAGGGGAAGGACUGUUGCUUUUCUGAAGUGAAUGUGUAUCAGCACAUGUUUGUAUGGGCAUUCUUUGGUUCAUGCUUUGCGCGUUACCACGGCAUUUGGCCAAGUGAAGAGGCAGUUUCUCAAACUCUUGAACAGCGACAGCGGCAAAAAUGGUCUGGUAAGGCGAAGCAGCUGUUCGUCACUGGAACAUCGACAAACUCUAUGUCAACAAUGACACUAAACCCAUUGUUGUGUUCAGCUCAGCGUCUCACGGUCUGGCAACGGCUAGUAGCAACCAGUCGAGUUCAUUUUACAGCGUGCGGUGGCCAGGAUCAAGGAGCGGAUGGAGUCAUCACGAGCGUGAUCAACACAUUUAUCCAGCGCGAUAUUGUCCUAAUCACAUCCGAUACAAAAUUAAUUCGACACAUCGCAUGUCGGGAUCAGGGUGAUGGGGGAUACACUUCAACGGGGCGUUUAUGUGCAAUCAACGUUGGGGACGUCGGAAAGCGCUUUGUCCCUGUGUGGAGGGCGCUAUCGAAUCUAAUUCGCCAACUCGUGAUAGAAUACACAAGGAAAAGUAAAUCUCAAUAA